AUGUCCCGGUGGCUUCAUGCUCCUUCAACGCCAAUCAGCGGAUCAGGGUGGCUGCCGAUUGGGCAAACAACGUUCACGGCUCGUGUGGCUCACUGCCUUGCCGGUGAUAUUCAUUCGACGGGCAUCGGGGAAUGGCAACGGGACGAUCGAACAUCGACCAAGCUCGUAGCUGUCUCCACAACCCAGCAACGCUGCGCCCAUCACGCAUACGCCCUUGCUAUCCUUACCAGUGCUAUUACAACUUAG